CAAACAAUGGACGACAUGGCUUCACGGAUAGCUACCCUACGCUCGAUACUGCCAGAUCUGGAAUCUGCACUUACGUCUUUUGCCCACUCGUCAUCGAAGUUCCACGUCGUCCGCACUGUCAACCCCACCAACACACAACCGAAGACGCUCUAUAUCCUGGAUUCCAGCUUCAAUCCGCCUUCCAUAGCGCACCUCUCCCUUGUUCAGUCCGCCUUGAAGAGCCAUGGUCGAUCAGAGCAUAACCCGUACAGGCUGCUGCUACUGUUCAGUACGCAGAAUGCAGACAAGGCGCCCAGCCCCGCAAGCUUCGUGCAGCGCAUUGCACUGAUGACUAUCUUCGCCGAGGACUUCUCACAAACGCUCAAGAAAUCGUCUGCUGGCACAGAUCUCGCAGACCUUUCAAUUGACAUUGGCCUCACAAAAGAACCAUAUUAUUCAGACAAAUCGAUAGCGAUUAGAGACACCACCCCUCCUUUCUACUCCUCGAACCCGAUCCACGUCCACCUCACUGGCUACGACACCCUCAUCCGCUUCUGCAACCCCAAAUACUAUCCCAAGUACGACCCGCCGCUCUCAGCGCUGAAGCCAUUCUUCGAUGCUGGACACAAGCUGCGCGUCACACAACGGCCGUCUGAUCCUAGUGAUAAGUCGUCGAACGAGUUUGGUACCGUAGAGGAACAGCAGAAGUACGUGAACGACUUGAGGGACGGCGCACGUGAAAAGGACGGCUUCAAGUCGCAGUGGGGUAACAACAUCGACAUGGUCGAGGCCAAUGAAGGUGUGGGCAUCAGUUCUACGAGGGUGCGCAAUGCUGCUAAAGAGGGUAAGUGGGAUGUGGUAGAGGGGCUGUGCACAAAGGGUGUCGCUGCGUGGCUCAAGGAUCAGACACUAUACAGUGGAGAUGCCAGUGGCAAGAAGCUGAGCAGCUGAAUGUGCUUGUGCUUGGGCAAGCUUGCCAAAACCGCAAAACCUGCCAGCAAAAUGCGUGCGUGCAAGCAGUUGCUUGGGCCAUGGUAGCUGCACACGCCAAAGCACAUUUAUACACGCUUUCGGACCCAUAGGGUGUCACUGUGCAGUUGGCGCAAUGCUGGGCGGAGUCUUACUCCUCCCUCGCAGUUGCUUCAUGUGCGUGGCUGCUUCACACGACUGACGAG